AAGACGAGUACAUGCGGCCUCGUCGGUCUCUUCCGAACAUGCGUAUGCGUCUUCGUCUGUGUGUGAGGGAGACACUUCAGCGAUGCAUGUUUGGAGAAGCCCGAUAUCGCCGGAGGCUGACAGUGCCUAUAGUCGAAGCUUCAGCACAAUGUCCUAUCCUCCUGUGUCGACGAUGCCAUCGGCGUCGAGGAAGCGAGUGAUGCCACUGAGGGUACAUACUGUGUGAUGGCCGCCCCAAAGUCAAUGUUUUUCUGUUCCCAUAGGCCAAGUCUAAGGGAGAAUCCACUUCCUAUGGUGGUACGGAACGGUGAUAUAUAGAGAGCAUCUUCUGGAUGCGGAACUCCUUCACCGUGUCAAUGCAACUUCCCACGCGGGAAGUCCCAACUCAAGGCCAACGGGCCCAUACUAGGAUGAGCAAGUAAAGUGGUGUGAGCCGGCCUGAAUAUGGACUCCCGGAGAUGCAAGACAUGCACUGGCAUCCCUGUCAAGCGUCCUAACCCGCGAGCGAAAUGGCGCCCACAUACGUGUUCGAGUUGGGUGGAAGCGUGAGCUGCGGUGGCAGUGUCAAAUACCUUUGCAGCG